GUUGAAAGGUCACGGAGCAGAGUUUCAUGUUGUAGUACGUGUGCUUCUGACGGGCUAGCCAUCUAGCUGAAGCUACAGAAUUGCAGUGGGAAUCAUGGUACUACUUGAAAACGACUCGUUUUUGACGGAGCUGACACGGCUGUUCCAGAAAUGCAGGACCUCAGGCAGUGUUGCCAUCACGUUAAAGAAAUAUGACGGGAGAACCAAACCAGUCCCCAGAAAAGGCCAACAAGAAAGUUAUGAACCAGCAGACAACAAGUGUCUACUCAGAGCGUCAGACGGCAAGAAGAAAAUCAGCACAGUGGUUAGCACCAAAGAAGUAAUCAAGUUCCAGAUGGCAUACUCUAACCUCCUGAGAGCACAUAUGGAUGGUCUUAAGAAGAAAGACAAGAAAAGCAAAAGCAAGAAAACCAAAGCCACCCAAUGAGCAACAGACUCUUUCAUAGCAUACUGGGGGAACCCAGACUGGCCUGUACCACCUCCAAGGCGAUCCAACUAUCAUCUCUACCCCCAUCCUUCCUGCUGCUGGCUGCGGCCCACAAUCUUCCACCUGGGGACUGCUUUGACAUCAUGCCAUUGUUUACACAGCAGUGUCUCAUCCCUGGCCAGUGUAUGGCAUCGGUCUAUAGGGAUGAAGGGAAAGCUGAGGAGUUUAACACUCAGAGAGGAUACUAUAAGUGAGCUGCCUUUUUAGAUCAACCCCCCUACCCCCAUGUCAACAUCUCUGGUCUGGAUCCAAAUGACACAGAGAGUUGAUGGGGACACAAACACACAUCCAUGUAUCUUUCUCCCACACCCCAUCAUCAUCGUUUAUGUAGUCACGGAAAGGAUGGAGCGCGUUGAUAAAAUGCCUUUCAAAUCGUUUUCAUUUUAACUACUAUCUAUUUAGUCAGUUCGGUUUGCAUGCAUCAAUUUGAUUACAUAUUCACUAAAGUGCUGAUUUUACUUUCCAACUGGGCCUUGUCUUAACCAUUUAUGGAUAGAUGAUUAAAUGUAUAACUAUAUACUAACUAUGAGUGAAGCUGCCACAUGCAUUUGUUAGGGUUGGGGCUGAAUGUUUUUUUUGCCAUUUGGAAAUGUUAGAUUAUUAUAUUUUAUGGUGGAAAGUGAGAUACAGAAUUGUUUAUGUUUUUACUUAAGAAGAAAUGAUUAAAUGGGAGAGUUCCUUAUUGGUCCAAUUA